AUGAGCAUCGUCUUCUGCAGCUGUGUCGGUCACUCAAUAGAAAAACGUGGCACAGCAUCGUGUCUAGCGUGUCCCUCGCUACUCCCAUCACGAUGCCCACUACUCGAUGAGUGCAACAUUUGCACUCAUUCCGAUUUCAAAGAUGGCAAUAGUAUGCUGGGCUGUCUCACAUCGUGGAUCUCAUGCCCAGGUGGUGGGGCGACUCGGGUGGUUCUCGAGUUGUGGAAUGGGCACACGAUAUCGAGAAGAUCGGACAGAUUGGGAGCUUUCGUUUGUCAAAGCGAUGGCCGAUGGAUGGUGCACGAGUUGAACUACACGGUGAAUGACGUGAAAACGGCCACUUGUUAUACGGCUGCUGCCGAUAGCCAGAACUCGCCAAUAAACUUGAACACAAAAACAGCUGUCAGAGACCCGGCUCUUGGCAUUCUUCAAGUUAACUAUGCGGCUGGUGAUGGGGAUUCGAUGACAUGGGGUGCCAAUUCAACGUUUACCCUUAAAACCUCUGUGCCUUACAAUCGUUCAACAUUUGCGGCCACUCAAACUGAUGGGUCACGAUAUAGUCUGUAUCAAAUGCACGCUCACUGGGGUCAGAAGGGAGCACCGGGUAGUGAGCACUCAUUGGAUGGACAGAGAUACGUGGCUGAGUUUCACUUUGUACAUUUCAAUCCCGACUAUGCGACUUUUGACAACUCGGUCGGAAAGGAGAACGGGAUUGCCGUGAUCGGAGUGUUUGCUCAGCUAGGUGCUGCUAAUCCCGAAUUCGACAAAAUUCUCAAUGCCAUCAAAAAAGGCGAUGCAUCAGACGUUCACGGUGCCACAGCUCAUUUGACAUCCGGUCUCAAGUUCAACUACAACAAAAUGAUGCCGGGUAAUAAC